AUGUCUUCUCUCCAAUUCCGUUACAGUCUGUCUCCUCUUUGUCCCACGCCAGUUCCGCAUCCUCACGGGCCAGCAUUUGCAUUUCCACGCAUUUUCCCGCCUCGUAUUCGGGGAAGAUUGCGCGUUUUCUUGCCCCUGCGGGGGAGGCGAGUUCUCUCAAUCUGCUGCUCCUCGAAAACCGGUUCUCAGCUUCAGCGAGUUUCUGUUCCCGAGGACGAUGAUCGGCCUCCGUUCGAUAUCAAUCUCGCGGUUAUUCUUGCUGGCUUCGCUUUUGAAGCUUACACAACUCCACCUGAAAAUAUGGGCAGACGGGAAGUUGAUGCUGCUGGGUGCAAGACAGUCUACCUUUCUGAGUACGUUUUAGUUGCCUUCGUAACUUUCAUGGCUGCACUUAAAGAUGCUGUUUAUCUGUUGACAAAAGAGCCAACAUGGAAUGAGGAGUUUACAUUUAAUAUUAAGCAGCCUCCAAGCCAAUCUUUACAGGUUAACAACCAUGAUCCCUGUAUGCAUUAUAAGUCCUUCUUUCACAUUCUUGCAUCUUUUGUAGACUUGGACUUAUUAGAACCUAAUACAAUUGACUCUAGUGUGCUUGAGAGAAUGUUCAUAGUUGACUUGAACAUAGGUUCUGUUCUUGACUUGUUAGUUAUGUUCUUUAGACUUGUCACACUCUACAUAUGUGUACAGAAAGCAAUUAAGGUAUCCUCCUUGUGA